AGCUGUGAAUUCUUAUAGAAGAUUGAUAGCUCUGCCAACAUUUGUCCACAAUAGAAGAUGGGUGGAUUAAUUUCAAGAUGGAGGCAGGCAAAGCCUUCCACUGUAGAAGUGUUAGAGAAAAUUGAUAAGGAAAUACAGACAUUAGAAGAAUUUAGAGAAAAAAAUCAGAGGCAACAGAAACUAUGGGUUGGAAGGCUACUUCUCUACUCUUCUCUUCUUUACCUUAUCACCUGCUUAGUUGUAUAUUUUUGGUGUCUUCCUGAUGAAUGGACAGCAAGGUUGAUUAUGACACUUCCAUUUUUUGCAUUUCCAUUGAUAAUCUGGUUUAUAAGAACACUGCUCAUUUUUUUCUUUUCCAGAAGGACAGAAAGGAAUAAUGAUGCGCUGGAAGAUUUAAAAUCUCAAAAGAAAAAAAUACUUGAGGAAGUAAUGGAGAAGGAAACAUACAAGACUGCUAAAUUAAUCCUUGAAAGGUUUGAUCCAGAAUCAAGUGCAAAGGAGGCUGAACUGCCAUCUGCUGGAACACCUGCAACCCCAAGACCCGGACAAGAAAUUCGACAGAGGACUGCUGCUCAAAGAAAUGCUGCUACGCCCCCACCUGUGACUCCUAAACAGGGCUCUCCAAAAUCACCCGUUUCAGCAUCUCCUAAUCUGCAGAGAGAUGCACCAGCUCUGAGUGGACCCCCAGAAAGAACUACUGUGCCAUCCUUGCAGUCAAAUGUUUUACCAAGGCGCCCCGGAUCCCCUGCUACUUCAGUGCCUGGAAUGGGCCUUCAUCCUCCAGGCCCUCCUUUAGCAAGACCUAUUCUUCCUCGAGAAAGAGGAGUUGUGGAUAGAGUUAUCGAAUAUUUGGUUGGCGAUGGUCCUCAGAACAGGUAUGCCCUUAUAUGUCAGCAGUGUUUUUCUCACAAUGGUAUGGCUUUGAAGGAGGAGUUUGAAUACAUAGCAUUUAGGUGUGCCUACUGCUUUUUCCUGAAUCCUGCAAGAAAAACCAGACCUCAGGCUCCACGACUUCCAGACUUCAGUUUUGAAAAAAAGCAAUCUACAGAAUUGCGAUCUGAAACUGAGCCUCUAGAACCUAGAGAGAGAAAGCCCCAGGAGACUCAACAGACAGAAGAAUCUGAAGAAGACACGGCCCAGGUCAUGGAGACAAAUGAGGCACAUGAUAAAGCACUGAGUCCUGAGCAGCUAAAUGAUAAGUUAGCUGAAGAAGUUGAAAAAGAAGAAACAGAAAACAUUUCAACAACUGAAGACUCUAUUUCAGAGUCUAUUUCAGCUGAACAAAGUGAAGAAUCUGUAAUGAAAGCAGAAUAAAGUACUUCAAGUGCCUUCUGUAGCUAGUUUUUAGCUGUUGUUACUAUUCAGGUGAGCUUUUUUUAAUGGUACAACUUAAAAAUCUUGCUUGAGCUUAAACUGCCUCAAAUGCUGCAGUAUGUCAAAGCUAUGUGUAAAAGUGGGUAUUGUAAAUUAAGCAUGUGUCUUUAAAUAAGUUAACACAGAGAAUGUAUAGUUGGUUGAAGUCUAACAGUUGUAGCCAUUGUUCAGUUUGCAUAUUUGAAAACUUAAAAGUAUAAACUUUGCUAAGGGUGACCUAUAAUUUGACAUCUCUUCAGCUGUCACAUACAAAGAGCAAUUACUG